AUGUCAACAAAAAUUGAAAAAAAUGGUGAAAUUAUAAAUUCUAAUUUACAAAUUUUAGGAAGAAUAUUAAAGAGUAAUAAUGGUCACGAUAUUUACUCAUUUCGUGGUAUACCAUAUGCUAAACCACCAGUUGGUAGAAAACGUUUUAAAGAUCCUGAACCAUAUGGAAAAUGGAAUAAUUUAUUGGAUGCAAGAAGAGAUGGUCAUAUUUGUCCACAACCAAUAAAAAAUUUAAAUGAAAUUAAAGAUUUAACAAUAUCAGAAGAUUGUUUAACAUUAAAUGUUUACACUAAAUCAAUGGAUGGUAAUUCAUCUGUAUUAGUUUUUAUACAUGGUGGCGGAUAUAAAUAUGGCAGUGGAAAUAGUUUUAGUUAUAAACCAAAAUAUUUACUCGAUAAUGAUAUCGUUUUAGUUACAUUUAAUUAUAGAUUAGGACCAUUAGGAUUUAUAAGUAGCGGAAGUAAACAUGCUACCGGAAAUUAUGGUUUUAAAGAUCAAGUUUUAGUAUUGAAAUGGAUUCAAAAUAAUAUUCAUUAUUUUGGUGGUAAUCCGAAUUCAGUAACAUUAAUUGGACAUAGUGCUGGUGCAAUGUCUGCAACAUUACAUUUAGUAUCGCCUAUGUCAAAAAAUCUAUUUCAUAGAAUUGUUGCAUUAAGUGGAUCAACAACAUCACAAUGGCCUACUAAUAAUGUUAAUUUAACAAAAAUUCUUGCUAAAUCAGUUGAAUGUCCAAUUGAUCAUAAUGAUGAAAUGAUUAAAUGUUUACGCAAAAAACCAUGGGAAAAAUUAAUAGAAAUUGGUGCAAAAUGGGAUGGAAAUUGUUUUCCAGAUUUAGAAUGGAAUUACGAAAUUGAAAAAAAUUUUGGUCAAGAAAAAUUUAUGAUUAAUCAUCCUGUAAUUUUAUUUAAAAUAGGUGAAUUUCAUAAAGUACCAAUUAUAAUUGGUAUAACAAAAGAUGAAUAUAAAGAUCAAGGUUAUAUUUUAUCAAAUAAUACAGAAUUAUUAAAUGAUAUUAGUGAAAAUUUUAAUAAUAUAGCUCCAAAAUUAUUUGGAUAUGGUAACUCUAAUCAAUCAGAUUAUAUAAGUAAUCGAUUUAAACAAAGUUAUUUUAAUAAUGAAAAAAUUAAUAUUGAAAGUAAAACAAAAUUAGGUGAUUUGUUUAGUGAUGCUGUAAUUAAUUUCAGUGUACAUAGAUUAGUUCAUUUGGCAAGUCAAUAUAUUAAUAUUUAUUAUUAUAGAUUUGAUUAUAAAGGAAAUUAUUCAUGUGCCACGAAAGAUAAUAAUGGUAAACCAUAUUUUGUACACCAUGAUGACACACUCAUCUAUCUAUUUAAUUUUAAUGAUUGUGCUCCGGUAUUUCAAAAUAGAAAUGAUUCAGAUUAUAAUAUGAUGAAAAAACUUAAUAAAUAUUUAAUAAAUUUUGCUAGAUUUGGUAAUCCUAAUAUGAAAAAGAAUAAUAAAAGAGAAAUUAUAUGUGAAACAUAUUGGACUCCAACAACAAAACGAAAUAUUAAAACAUUUUAUAUAAAUGAAGCAUGUGAAACGAGUGAUCCACCAAAUGAAGAUCGACUUGUAGUUUGGGAUGAAUUAUUUCCUAUUAAUGAAUAAGUAAUAUUAAAAUAUUCAAUAAAAUGUUUUGUAUA